AUGAUGGCUCCGCAAUCGUCGUGCCAUAUUCCAUUCGCCCACUAUGCGCUUAUCUAUAUUGACAGCGCGGGCAAGCUGGGCUGCGAAGAGUCAGCCAGCAUUACGGAGCAGAAUAUGACACUUUUCUCUCCGGAUGUUCGCCAGACAUUCCUAGAGACACUCGGCGAGAAAAUUGGACUCCAUCAGCCUCUCUCUGGGGCAUCUCCGCGCAGAGUCCGCCGCCGCCGCGGCAACGCCCCGACUUCCAUGACCCACAGCCGACUGGCUGAUGAUUCUGACAGUGAUGACUACUCCCCCGCGGGUAAUGAGACUACUUCUAUUCGCGUUGGAGACGCCACGAAGCUUAUGAACUACUACGAGGGUGCUCUCAAGCACUUCCAACAACUUAACUGCCGCAUGGUCGCCAAGGCCUUUAUCAAGUUCAUUGAGCCUCGCAAGCAAGUGAGACACCCAUACAACGGUGGAAAACCUCCAGCUGGAUCUGCCCCCGGUACUACCGGUGACCCUGAAAAGACCAAGCCCGAGUGGUGGCCACCUGGUGUCAUGCACAAGGAGCCUGACCACCUACGCAAAGAGUAUCGUAUUGAGCUUUUGCUUCAUAUCAUCCGCAAGCUUGGAGGCUUCGGAAUCACGUCCGACAAGCUCAAGGAAGUUGCUAGCGAUACCAAACGCAGCCUGAAGCACCCCUCUCAUGUGGACAUCAUCCUGGAAGUCCUCCGUGUUCGCAAGAUGGAGGAACGAUGGGAGCGUGGUGAAGUUGACGCCAACACUUUAGUCUACGUGAUGAACCGAGGACCAAGCCCUAAGGGCGACGAGGAAGAAGAAUCUAGCGACGGCCCUGCACCGGUCUUGGACAUUGAGCAUCUCGAAGACGGCCUUCUCACACCGAGCUCAUCUGAGCAAACUGCCCCUCUCACAACCCCCAUCGACGCCAUGGGCCUCCCUCCUCGCUCUCUGCCUGGCAGCUUCUCCCUCGCAGAGCCUCUCACCUUCGAGAGCCGUGAUCGUCCAUUCUAUGCCACCCCACCCCAAUACACCGAUUCCUUCUCUCAAGGCAUGCUCAGCACCCCUGUCACUGCCGAAAUGAUUAGCCCACACGAUGUCUCUGUCUUCGCCUACGCAUCUCAACCAUCUUAUCCUUCCUCCACACCGGACCAGCACUGGUCCACCCCAACUUUCCGGCAAGACAUCUUCAGCCCGGUAGGCUACAAUGCGCCAGCCACUACACAGCCCUCAAUGCCAUACAACAUGGCAAUGGCUCCACCGACGCAUUCUAUGCACGGCUUGCCCAAUCACGAACAGCCGCCCAUGGAUCCUCUCGGUCGGUCUCUACCGUUCCGAACUGGCUCCUUGGGCCACCCUCAUCCACACGGCUCUCCACUUGCCCACCUUUCCUAA